AUGGUGGGAACAGUGUUUGUACUCUUAUCAUAUUUCGAAAGAGAUAAACCGGAGAGGGACGUGGUAUUUGAACAGGCUUUCAGCUGGCAGUCAUUCGUGUAUUUGACUUCGAGGGACUUAUUUCCAGUUGCUUCACUAGCUAAUAUUUCAUUGAUUUCGUUAGAGAGGUUACACGCAACACUUUUCCCCUUUAGGCAUUGUCUUAUUGGAAGGCGGGUUUACCUUACCACUAUUUGUUGUAGUUGGUUGUUCUCCUUGACUUUGUCAUCUGUGUUUUCUAUUCUUGAUUGGCGCGAAUCGCCGGCUUUUCCGUAUGUAUUUGCAUCUUACAUUUUUCUCUCCCUUCUCAUUCUCACAGUUUCAUAUGUCAUAAUUAUCUCAACUGUCAAAAACAAUCCUCCCUCCCCUAAUGCUGGACCAGCGCUUUCAAAAGAAAGGAAACUAACGAUGACCUUAUUUACAGUUACUGCGGUCUCUGUUCUGACCAUUCUUUCUUGGGUUAUUUGGAUUUUUAUCGAACUUCACACACAGAGUAAAUUAUGUCCUGCAGUCUUUUUUCGCAUCUAUUGCUCGUUAAAAGUAAUUUAA